UCCAAAUUUUUAAUUUUUGUCCUCCUGGGAGCGUCUGUAACUUUGUGCACAAACCCAAUAAGGAGAACAAUUUCAAUUUUUUUUAUGGUAAACUUUGAUCUAGUUUCAGGUGCAACUGAUUCUCUUUCUGCUAUCUGAUCUAAGAGAUAGAGGGGAUGGAGUUGAUUGGGUUCAUUCAAGUUUUCAACAUCAUCAUCAUCGCCAUCGGGACGCUGUUGUACAUGUGCUGCAGACCAUUUUCUUCUUCGUCUUCUGCGACUGAUUCUGCUGUUGUUGAUUCUGCUGCUGUUGCUGAUGAUGACGAUGCUGAUAUCCCCCCAUGUCAAGAAAAGUAUGAUGUGUUUAUCAGCUUCAGAGGUGAGGACACCCGCCGUACUUUUACCAGCCAUCUUCACGCUGCCUUACUUGCGAAAAAAAUCACAACCUACAUUGAUGACAAGCUUAAGAGAGGAGAUGAAAUCAAACCUGCCCUUCGAAAAGCAAUCGAGGAAUCCGAGCUUUCGGUGAUCAUUUUCUCAAAAGACUACGCUUCCUCUACUUGGUGUUUGGAUGAGCUUGUGCAUAUCCUAGAAUGCAAGGAAAAACAUGGCCAGUUGGUUAUACCCAUUUUUUACGACACCCUUCCAUCGGAUGUACGAAAACAACGGGGGAGUUAUGCACUUGAUCCACUUGAACAACGUUUCGAGAACAGUAUCGACAAGGUGCGCAAGUGGAGGGUUGCUUUGACACAUGCAGCAAAUAUAUCUGGCUUUGAUUCAAAAGAUUAUCGGACGGAUGCUGAUUUGGUUAAGAAAGUUGUAGAGGAUAUUUUGACCAAAUUGUGUUACGAAUCAUCAUGCGAUUUAGAGGGCCUGGUUGGAAUUGAAAGCCGCAUCGAGCAAAUUGAAUCGCUAUUAGGCAUUCAUUCACAGGACGCUUGCAUCAGUGUGGGUAUUUGGGGAAUGGGUGGUAUUGGCAAGACCACCCUUGCUGAAGCCGUAUUUAACAGACUCUCUUCUAAAUUCGAAGCCUGUUGUUUUCUUAGAAAUGUUAGGGAAAGAGAACAAAAAGAUGGGCUAGAACACUUGCAAAAUACACUUCUCAGUCAUAUAUUAAAGGAAGAAGGUCUAUCCAUAGGAUCAACUUUUGUUCGGGAUAGGCUUAGCUGUACAAAGGUCCUCAUUGUUCUUGAUGAUGUGAGUGAUUCAAUGCAAAUGGAAGGUUUAGCUGGCAAUCGUCUUCGGUUUGGCAAUGGAAGUAGAAUCAUCAUCACAAGUAGAAAUAAGGGCACACUUAGGCAAACCGUUGAAAAGGAUAAAAUCUAUGAGGUUGGAAGAUUAAAUCCAGAUGACGCUCUUCAGCUCUUCUGUUCGCGUGCUUUCAAGAAUACUCGUAUAACAGAUUAUAAGGGGUUGGCAGAAAAGGUGAUGCAUAUUGCCGGAGGCAUUCCUUUAGCUCUUAUACUUCUGAGGUCCUCAUUCCUAAAUUGCAAGAGCAAAGCAGACUUGGAAGAUGAAUUGGACAAAUUGAAACAAUUUCCUAAUGAAAAUAUCCAGAGAGUGUUGAGACUAAGUUAUGAUGGAUUGAGAAGAAAUGAGAAGGAGAUAUUUUUGGAUAUAGCAUGUUUUCAUAAAGGGCAUGGUGUGGAUGAGGUAAAACAAUUGUUAGAUGUUCGUGGAUUCUCUGCGACGGUCGGAAUUAGAAUUCUCAGUGAUAUGUCUCUCAUAUCAAUUGGUUCAAGAUGGGGACGAGAAACCAUAGAGAUGCAUGAUCUGCUUGAAGAAAUGGGAAGGACAAUUGUUCAGGAACAAUGUAUUGAAGAUCCCAGUAAGCGGAGUAGGUUAUUCAACGAUAAGGAUGUUUAUCAUGUAUUGAAAAGUAACAAGGAAACUUCAAAUGUUGAAGCCAUAUUCCUUAAUUAUUAUAACAUUGCAGAGCGACCAUUGAAACGUAUAGACUUCAAACUGAUGUCUAACCUAAGAUUGCUAAUUGUGGAUGGUGGCUACAAGAUCAAUGCUUCUCUAGACCUUCCCGAUUCUCUUCGUUAUCUUUACUGGCCUAGAUAUCCAAUGAAAUCUUUGCCGUCAAAUUUUUGUCCGGAAAAUCUAGUUGAGCUUCACAUGCCCAAUAGCAAAGUUAAGAAGCUUUGGAAAGAAGACCAGAGACUUGUCAACUUAAAAGUGAUCGAUCUGUCGCGCUCUACAAAUCUAACUGAAGUUCCAAGUCUUUCUGGGAGUCUAAAAAUUGUGAACAUAAAUCUCUGUGGCUGUGAAAGUUUGGUUGAAAUUCAUGGGUGUUUUCAACAUCUUGACAAGCUUACUCGUCUUGAUCUUGGAGACUCGAUCAGUCUCAAUUAUCUUCCAAAGAUGCCAAGAAAUAUUAAAUACUUGGAUUUAGAAGGCAGUGGUAUAAAGGAGUUGCCUGAAUCAGUGUGGUCUAAUGAAAAUAUUUCUUACUUGAAUAUAGGUUAUUGCUAUUACCUUGAGAAACUUCCAAGCAACAGUUGUAAGCUGAAAGUCUCUGGUAGUUUUGAUCUAUAUGGCUGCAUAUCUCUUCGCGAGUUUUCUGAGGGAUAUAACUAAAUUAUCAUUGGUUCGUUGCAGCAGUCUUGUGAGUCUACCAAUCAACAUUUGGAAGUUGAAAUAUCUCAAGGAACUCAAUCUCAUUGGGUGCUCUGAACUUGAACAUUUCCCAGAGAUCUUGGAGCCAAUGAAACAUUUGGUGUCUCUUCGUUUGGAAGGGACGGCUGUACAAAAGCUUCCUUCGUCAUUUGGAAAUCUAAUUGGGCUUCAAACUUUAGACCUUAGUGGCUGCAAGCACCUUAAGGUUGUCCCAACAAGUAUCUACCGUUUAACCAAACUUCAACGUCUCAACUUUAAUGCCUGUCGGGAACUUGAAAAAUUGCCUUACAGCUCUGUCGGUUUUCUCUCUUUAGAGAAACUAAAUCUCAGCAACAGCGGUAUAUUGGAAAUCCCUGAUGGUCUCGUUUGCUCAACCGCAUUGAAAUAUUUGGGUCUGUCUGGAACCAAUAUUAGGAGCAUACCUGCAAGCAUCAAACAAGCUUCUCGAUUGUCUACACUCAACAUAAACAACUGCAAGUGGCUUCAAUCUUUGCCAGAACUCCCAGUGCAAUGUAAUGUUGACGCUGAAGGCUGCACGGCGCUGAUGAGAGUGGCAAGUUCAAGAAAUAAGACUGAAAAACAGGCAAGGCUCUUAUUAUUUUAGUAUUGUUUAUACAUUAUAAAGCGCAAUGUCAUAGAAAAGUGUGUAAUACCAAGUUUGUUAUCUUUGAUCAAGUCCAGCAGCAUCUUGAUAUUCGCCUUUAUAACAUAAACUUAGACAUUAAUUAAUACGCCAGACUUAAGGCAAGGUAAAUCUCACGACCAAGCGCGAUAGUUUGAACAUUCGACACCAUAAAAUUCGCAAUGGUUCGAUGGCAGAAUUGCAAAGAGCGAAAAAUAUGAAUGACCCAAUUGGACCAACACCGGCCAAAAACAGUGUUCUUGUUUGAACAAAAGAAAGAUCAGCAGAACAAAUUUUAUUAAGGGGGUAAAAUAUUACAGCAAAUUAAGGUCGAAAAAAGAAAGGCACAACCCCAGUUUAAUAAUACAAUCAUAAAAUUUGUAACAACGAUAAAACUAUAGGGGUCUUCGCUUCAAUAGGACUAGGAACAUUCCAAAAUUACGGAGAAAAAUUAUAAGCUAAAGGAAAAAAA